GUGCCCGGAACAUAUUCGUGAUAUCCCAUGUUCUCAGUUUUGAAUUGAAGUCCCUCGUCUCCGGAAUUUCUCCCGCAAUAAAAUUUUUCUCCCGGAUACUCUGUGUUGAAAGAAGUCUGGAGUACUUGAAAUCGGGGUUUGCAUCAGCGUCACCUUCCCCGCUGAUAUAGGCUGAGAUCCUGAAAAUUUCCGAUCCGAAGCAGGGAAAAUCCCCAGGGCAUAAAACAUGAGUGCUGAACAAACCGACGCCAGCAAGUCAUCAUCAGAAUCCAAUCUUUCACAAGCCAAAGAUGCUCACUCCUCAGAUUAUGCUCCGUAUCCAAAACUCGAUCCCAAGGAUGUUGCUCCACCUCAGGAAAAUUGGACUUCCGUUCCGGUGUCCCAACAACCCGUCAACGCCACUACCGCCCCCGAAGUCCGCGCCCCGAUUUCCGAAGAUGCUGCCACUACUAUGCCCAAAGAAUCUAAUCCGUACGUGACUCCUGCACCGGCCCCGGCCCCGGCCCCGUCAUCUUCUGUCAAGAAUACUUUAGACUCGGUGAAAGAUGUUCUUGGGAAAUGGGGAAAGAAAGCGGCAGAGGCUACCAAGAAGGCCGAGGAUCUUGCUGGGAAUAUGUGGCAGCACUUGAAAACAGGUCCUAGUUUUGCUGAUGCUGCCGUGGGAAGGAUUGCUCAGGGAACGAAAGUUCUUGCAGAAGGUGGCUAUGAAAAGAUUUUUAGACAAACUUUUGAGACUGUUCCAGAGGAGCAACUUUUGAAAACAUUUGCAUGCUACCUAUCCACUUCAGCUGGACCAGUGAUGGGAGUUUUAUAUCUGUCGACAGCAAAGCUGGCAUUUUGCAGUGACAAUCCACUUUCUUACAAAGUUGGCGAGGAGAGUCAAUGGAGCUAUUAUAAGGUUGUUAUUCCAUUGCAUCAGCUGAGAGCAGUGAAUCCAUCAACAAGUAGAAGCAAACCAUCGGAGAAAUAUAUCCAGAUCAUCUCUGUUGACAACCAUGAGUUUUGGUUUAUGGGCUUUCUGCAUUAUGACGAUGCUGUUAGAAGUAUUCAAGGAGCAUUACAACCUCACUGAUGUGCACGGCUGUACAAAGGCCGUCGCCAUGUGUCAUCUUGUCGCCCACGACUUGGUCGAUGUUUGAUGAAGUAUCCUGGGUGUUUAUUAAACAUCGGAUUUUUCAUUUCCUCUGUAUUUGUAAUCCUUGAGCUGGUCUGGAGCUUGUUGUACCAUGUUAUGGGGUAAGCCUUUGUACUGAUUAUAUGGUUUGUCACAGGUUUAUUUCUUGCUUGUUAUUGUUUAUGGUCUAGAAGUUGGGGAGGAAAAUAUUAGUGCCUCAUUUGAUGUGGUUUACAUGUGAAUUCCAGAUUGUAUAAAUCAGUUUGUUUAUUGUGGAUCGAACGAACAUCAUGGUGCGAUUAUCUUAUUAUCUUAAAGUGUUUCGUUCCGGAGACA